AUGAAGCAACAGGUCGCACAAUUACGAGCGGAGAACACUGACAUGCUUGGUAUGGGAGGAAUACCUUCCGGCGGUGGCAUGCCACAUGGUCAGCAUCCUGCUAUGGCCCACAUGUCUCAGAUGCAACAUCACGUGGCUGGAGCUCAUCCUUCCGCUUUUCAUUACCAGUUUCCAGGAUCCAUGACACCCGAGCUUACCCGAUGA